GUCAAGAUGAAACACAAUUCAAAUUACGAGAGCGAGGGUUUUGAAUUGGGGUAUUGAGUCGCAUCAGUGCCAUGGCUUCGUCGUCUUGCCCCAUCUGUAAUCUCUCUGUUCCAUCUUCACAACUUGAACGACAUGCCAAUAGUCACUUUGAGGAUGAAGAUGAGCAACUGGCUACGGACUUGGAGUUUGCCCAGCAACUUGCUUUUGCACCUUCUUCUCCACCUUCCAUGAGUAAUCAAACGUUCGCGAGAAGUGAUGGACAAUGUAGCAUGGAGGAAAGUAUCUCCUGCCUGGUUGCUUUACAGACUAGAACCACUUUUCAUGAGAUUAAAGGUGGUGUGAUGGCUAUGCUGAGAGAGUGUUUGGAGUUAGAACCUAGAAAUACGACCAGUAUUUUGUGUGGUUAUACUGAUCAUGUUCAGAGCAUUCAAUCUGAGGAUUCUGGGUGGGGUUGUGGGUGGCGUAACAUUCAAAUGCUUAGCUCUCAUUUGCUUAUGCAAAGGCAAGAGAGUCGGGAUGUUUUGUUUGGAGGUGCAGGAUUUGUACCUGAUCUCCCUUCACUACAAAGGUGGCUUGAGAUUGCUUGGGAAAAGGGAUUUGAUGCAGUUGGCUCUGAUCAGUUUGGUAAUAAAAUUUACGGCUUGAGAAGAUGGAUUUGAACAACUGAAUGUGCUGCCCUUUUCCGUUCUUUUGGGCUGAGAGCAAGGAUUGUGGAUUUUGGUCCUAAGGAACUCGAACAAUAUUAUCCUUCUCUUCCUGGCUCAAGUGCGGAAGAAAUAGAGAGAAUAUAUAAUGGUGGAAAGAGGAAAGCACUUCAGAUUUGUGGACCAAUGGAUAGAUAUUUGCCAGAAAGGAGUCUCUAUAUUAACCAAGCCAGUUCCAGCUGCCAUGAAAAGUCAAGUUGUUCCACUAGCCAAAGUACUUAUAAUUCGGGAAAUAAGUAUCCAGGGAAAAGCAAGGGUCAUCAGGUUCUCAUGGAUUGGAUCUGGAAUUAUUUUAAUGAUGGUAACAUCACCAAGACUGGCGGUCACCGGGUCAUUGUUAGUCACAAAACACCCUUGUACUUUCAACACGAUGGGCAUUCAAGAACCAUUGUUGGGAUUCAAGUAAAAAGUCAACCUAACGGGAUGCAGCAGUACACUCUCUUAAUUUUUGAUCCUGGUCAUAGAACGGCAGACCUGGAAAGAUCGCUGAAGGCAAAGAGAGGAUGGCAGAAAUUUAUAAAAAGAGGGGUUCACACGCUGAGAAAGCCACAGUACCAGUUGUGUUAUAUUGAUCCUGGCAUUUCAAGUGGAGAUGAAGUGGAGUUGCUAAAGACUGUUGAUAGUGUUUUUUAUGAACUCUAGAGGACCCUGUUCAACAUUAUUAUUUGUCAGUGGAUAUGCUACUUUUAAAUUGGGAAAUUGCAUAGUAAAAGAGAAUCUGGAUAUCUGAAGGAUGAAACUUCACUGUUCUGAGGCUUCUUUCCCUCCCUUAAAGAGAAAGUUUAGACUUCGAAGCAUGCUUAGAAGGUUGCACUAUAUGUGCUGAGCUCUUGUUGACCAAUGAGGGUUGGUUUUGUGUAAAUGCUUUACUGUUCAAAGAAUUUUGUGUGUACAAGAGGAACAGAAAGUUGGGGAAUCACUCCUAUGCAGCUCUGAUCUUUUGCCAGCUCUGAAUCUCGGGUGUCUUGGUUAAAUUCUGUGAGCUAUACCAUGAUCUACUUUGAUGCGAAUUUAUUCUCAUGUAUACUGACUUUGUAACCUGAACAGCCUUUAUUAAUUUAUUGAUAUAUAGGAAAAUAUUUUGCAACUUUGUUCUACAGUUUAUUCUAUUAUUGACUUUGUUCCACCUCUAUCAAUAUUAUACUGACUAACUACUACCGUACUA